AUGGUUUCUGGGAAAAUUCAUUAUUCCAUUCCCGAGGAGAUGCAGAAAGGAUCUUUUGUGGGGAAUAUUGCAAAAGACCUAGGAGUGGAUAGAAAUCAUCUUUCAGACCAUGGACUACGGAUUGUUACCAGGACAGGUAUGAGUCAGUAUUUUGCUUUGAAUUACAACAGUGGCCAUUUACAAACCUCUCAGAGAAUAGACAGAGAGGAAGUAUGCGGAAGGGCAGAAAGGUGUGUUUUAAGUUUUGAUGUUAUAAUUGAGAGCAAAAUAGAGAUCUAUGGGGUUCAAGUGGAAAUUAUUGAUAUAAACGAUAAUGCUCCCCAGUUCUCAUCGGGGAAACAGGAACUGAAAAUCAGUGAGGCAUCUACUUCCGGAUCCCGGUUCCCUCUGCCUGAAGCUCAGGAUCCAGACCUAGGCAUAAAUUCUAUACAGACCUACCAACUCACAGGCAGUAGCCAUUUUUCUCUAGAGGUGCAAGUUGAAGAAAAUGGUGCCAAAUCUGCUGAGCUGGUGUUGGGGGAAAAUCUGGACCGGGAAGAACAAUCUGUUUUCAAUUUGAUCCUCACAGCUACUGAUGGAGGCGAUCCAGUCAGGUCCAGCACUGCUAACAUCCAAGUCAUUGUUUUAGAUGCAAAUGACAAUGCACCGGUUUUCAGCAAACCAAUCUAUGAAAUUAGCAUCAAGGAGAACAUUCUGAACGGGUCCAGCAUUGCUACAGUUAGUGCUACUGAUCUGGAUGAAGGACAAAACGGAGAGAUAAAAUAUUCAUUCAAAAAAAUCACAAAGAAGGAUUCCAAAAUGUUUAUUUUAAACUCAACAACUGGUACAAUUACCUUAAUGGGAAACCUUGAUUAUGAGGAAUCAUCCUCAUAUGACUUUGAGGUGAAAGCUGAGGAUGGAGGAGGGCUGAGUGACUGGUCAAAAGUUGUGAUAAUUGUUAUGGAUGUUAAUGACAAUGCACCUGAACUAUCAAUAACCUUUUUCAUCAAUACCAUUUCUGAGAAUUCACCAAUAGGAACAGUUAUUGCCCUUCUUAAUGUACAAGAUGAAGAUUCAGGGGUCAAUGGGGAGGUCACAUGUUCAAUUCCCAGUAAGCUCCCUUUCCAACUAAAACAGUCUUUUGAUAACUUUUAUAGUUUGGUGACACACAGUAACCUUGACAGAGAGAACUCAGCAGACUACAACAUCACUAUCACGGCUACUGACCAUGGCAUUCCACCACUCUCUGUGUCAACUUUUAUCCUACUUCAAAUCCUAGACACAAACGACAACGCUCCUCUUUUUGCAGAAUCAUCUUACUUGGCUUAUUUCACAGAGAACAAUCCAAGAGGAGCUCCAGUAUUGUCCUUAAAAGCAAACGAUCCAGAUUGGGAGGAAAAUGCCAGAAUAAGUUAUUCCAUCAUUGAAGGGAACACGGACAAAUUCCUUAUUACCUCCUACCUCUCCAUUAACUCUGAGACAGGGGUCAUCUAUGCUCUGAGUUCUUUUGACUAUGAAGACAUCAGAGAGAUGAAGUUCCUGGUCAAGGCCCAGGAUGGAGGUUCUCCAUCACUAAGCUCCAAUGUCUCAGUGACUCUCUUCAUCCUGGACCAGAAUGACAAUGCUCCCCAAAUCCUGUACCCCACCCCUCCCACUGAUGGCUCCACGGGGAUAGAGCUGGCCCCUCGCUCCUCUGAGCCAGGCUACCUGGUCACUAAGGUGGUGGCCGUGGAUGCAGACUCUGGCCAGAAUGCCUGGCUCUCCUACCAGCUGAUCAAGGCCACUGAGCCAGGGCUCUUCACUCUGGGGCUCCACACAGGAGAGAUCAGGACAGCCCGCUUCUUUCUGGAGAAAGAUGCCCUCAAGCAAAGCCUGGUGGUUUUAGUGAAGGACAAUGGGCAGCCUCCAAUGUCGGCUUCAGUCACUGUCACUGUGGUCUUGGCAGACAGCAUCCCUGACACGCUGACUGAUCUGAGCAGUGUCCCAAUAUCUGAAGACCCACAGUCAGAUUUCACCUUCUACUUGGUGACUGCAGUGGCUUUUGUCUCCUGCUUGUUCCUCGCCUUCCUCCUUGUGGUACUGGCACUCAGACUUCGCAGGUGGAAAAAUUCUCAGCUGUGUGACAAUGGAAGUGUGCAUUUUAAUGGUGCUCCUAUCUCACAGUUUGUGGGGAUUGACGGAGUCCGGGCAUUUCUUCAGUCUUAUUGUCACGAGGUUUCACUGACUUCAGGCUCGCGGAAAAGCCAGAUUCUUUUUCCAAUCGGAAGCUGUACCAAUACUCUGACACCACAACAGGCUCCUGAUAAGCCAGGCCCUGUGUUACUCAUAGGUGAUUCUAACACAGUUACGGAGGAUGCAGCAAUCCAUCAGGUGAGGACAUAA